AUGGCUUACAACCGUAAUCAAAGAUUUGCCUCAUCGCCUCCAUAUUUUAGACUUUUAGAUCCUGGCGCAUAUCAAAACAUUAGUACAGUGUUAGUGAAAAGCAAUAAAGCACCAUUUCUCUCCAAAAAAGAAAGAAAAAUACAGUCUGGCAAUACAAUAUGGACUCAUGCAAUAUAUAACAACAAUACUGCGUCCUUCAUUCCCAACUGUUCUGCCUUUAUGUCCAAUAUUCCUCGAUUUGCGUAUGAAGCUGUUAAUAAAUUUUCUAAUAUCGAAGAUAUUUUAUGUGAAUGCGAAGAUCCAAAUGUUUGCGAAUGCGAAAGUGAUAGUAAAAUACCACCGGAAGUAAUAUGUCAAGGAAAGGUUAGACGUAUAUUAUAUAAAGGCCCACCACCAAAAUCCAAUCAAAGUUGUGGACUGUCAGCUCCUUCGAAAAACGAUAAAGGAUUUGAGGUCACCCCCGAUGGCUCCCAAAAACGUGUUUUUAUAAAACCUGAGAAAGAAUGUCCUCCAUUUUAUAAUACGGCAAUAAAUGAAUCCACGGUGUUUUAUAGAGGCUGUAAGUGGAGUCGCAGGACAGGUAAAGUUCCUAUGGCUAAAGACAACUUUCCUGGGCCGGCACAUUAUUCAUUAGUGCAUGAGCCAAAUAUUACUGAAAUUUGUGCUGAAAAAGUAAGAUCCUUUAAAAGAAAAACAUCCAAGCAAUUCCGUUUUAUAGAAAUGGUCCAAAGAAGAAAUAUAUUAGACAAUUUGCCUGGACCGAGUAGUUAUAGCCCUGAAAAUAUUAAAGGGAUUCAAUUAAGUUAUUUAGGACCAAAGGCAGCACGAUUUCCUGGUUCUAUUUUGAAUAAAAAUAAAUGGCCUGGACCAGCAGACCAUUAUCUUCAACGUGACUUUGAUCAACCUAAACGUCCAAUUAAAUUAUGUAAAGCAAUCUUACCACAAAGAGCACCUUUUUUAUCUCACGCCACAAGACUAAAAACUCCAAAAAUAGUUGAUUUAAGUCCAGCAAGCUAUUUUCCCAUAUAUAAACCUUGCCAAUUUAUUCGAUGUUCAAAAGCUCCAUUUCUUGUGUCCACAAAAAGAUUUGAAGAAACCAUUUAUGAUGAAGAAGAAGAUCACGACUAUCUUGAAGAAUCUGAAAAUGGUUCACGCGAGGAUAAAGAUAUAAAAAUAACAAAAAAUCCCACAUGGCAGUUUAAAUCCCAAACGGUGAGAAUGAGACCUUUAAAAAAGGAAGCUCUUAGAUCCAUGACAAUUCAUGCGCAACCAUCAGGAAUUAAAAAAAGACAGCUAGAGUUACAACAUUGUUCACCAUUCUAUUCAUCUGAAGCAAGAUUUCGACCUUGGUUUAACUGGAUAGCGGUUCAUGCAAAGGUUAAAACGCCUGGACCAUCUUACUACAAACCAGAAAAAGCAAGAUGUUACCCUGCAGUCAGCCAUGGGCCGUUAACAAGGGUUCAGAGAUUCCUACCCUUCAAUAAACAGAGCCCUGCGCCAAAUGAGUACAACGUUUCUAAUGGUAUCGAAACAAUUUUACACACUCAUAACGAACGAUUAAAAAGUAAUAUUAUAAAUCAGCACAAAUUUCAUUGGAAUCCGCCAGGAGUAUCAAGACUACUAAAUAAUGAAGAGAAAGAAUUGAUUUUACUAAAUAGGUCAAUAGAAUUAUUAAAUCCAGAUGAUGUUAUUGAUAGUUUUGGAUCCAAGUUAAAACGUGGUAAAAAAGAAAAGAAAGUACUACGUUGUUUUGUUAAAAAUUAA